UUCUACAAGCACAGAAGUCUUGCAUAAUAGCACAGCUGUUGUUUAUCAUUUUGUCCCUGGCCCAACGCUCAUAAUCUGGCCUGUGGAGACAGCGGGGAUUACCUGGCCAAGCGGGGUUGAUCAGGCGGGUGUUUCAUAAAGCUGUUCGUAAGUUAAGAGCGACUGGUGAUCCUGUCUUGCGGUAAAUGGUACACACCAUUGGCGAUGAUCACUCUCUCGCAUGCUGCUGUUGCCGUUGGACCAGGCAUAGUCCAGGGAACGUCUCUACCGAUUUUUUUUUUAAACGAUCCCCUAGCACCAAGAUGAGCAGUGAUAUUUCCUCUGUGUCUGGAGGUGGGGGUGUGGCCCCUUCUGUCCUUCAGAUCAAGACCCGUCAUCUUGUUCGGCCACCAACUCCAGAGACAAUGAUAACUGAUAGGCCUAAUGACCCAGAUAUCAGCAUAUUCUGUGAGAAAUGCCAUGAGUUCAUCAGUGUCAGAGCCACCCAAGAACACAGGAACUUCCACAGUGCUCUUACCGUGCUUGGCUACACCGGCAAAGAACAACCUGAAAGUGUGAAGGGCCUGCUCAAGAAGAGACAAGAGCUCAUGGUUGCUUUAAACAAGAAAAGCCUCCCAAACAGACCUGUAUCCUUGAACAGGCUGCAGAAGAUCAAUGAGGCUUUUGAGCUUGUUAAAUCCCAUCUUGAGGAAACUUAUGAAGAACUGAUCCACAGUAAGGAGAAUUACGUCUAUGACUGUCAAGGUAUAUCUCUGAACUGCAGCGCCCCAUGUGUGAGGGCAGUGGGAAUAUGCUCCAAUGAUAACAGCCGUUGGAAGUCAAAGAUGGAGGAUACACGAGUAUUCCAAGACUAUUAUGGCAAUGAUGUCAACAAAUGUUUCUUUGGUAUUUAUGAUGGCUAUAAUGGUAGGUUUGCUGCAGACGUAGCUGCAAAUGACCUUCACCAUGUCUUCCUUAAUGAACUUCAGAAGGUUGAUGAUAAGGUCUCCUGUACUUGCGCCGUUAACCUUGCCGAUAAGAAUGAUCUGACAGACUAUCAGCUUGAGCGAGGCUCUCCUAUUGUGCGGAGUGAUAGCAUCCGUCACAUAUUACAUGAAGAAAGCGUCAACAUCAUCCAACAGAUCAUGCAUACAUGUGAGAGCAACCUGAUGAAGAUAAGCAAUGAUGACAGCCAGCUAUCACAGAGGGACAGGCCAAUGCGAAAGAAGAAAAAUAAAAAUCCAGAGUAUGAGAAGGUUUCCCAGGCUUACCACAAUACCUACCUUUAUCUUGAUCAGUAUCUUUCAUAUGGAAUUAAUGAAACCUCACUGGUUCGCUGGAGUGGAUGUUCAGCUCUGUCUAUUCUCAUAAGUAGUGAGGAACAGGUUGGAGAUGAGGAUGGAAAGGAUGGAAACAAAGUUGAUAAUAAAGAUAAAGACAUUCCAAAUGAUAAUGAAGCAACAGAAGAAAAGAAAGAUGGAGAGGAGACUGAAGAGGGUGAAAAAGGCAGUGCUCCAGAGGAUCCAGAAAAAGAAACCAAAGAAGUUGAUGCUCUGCUGGAAGAGCUGGGUGUUUUGCACAUUGCAAAUGCUGGAAAUACCCAAGCAGUCCUCUGCAGAGCUGGGAAGGCAUAUCAUCUAUCAAAAGAUCACACUCCUGGAAAUCAUCAGGAGAGGUCACGCGUGGAGAAGACAGGUGCAUCAAUCCAUGCAGGGGGUCCAAAUGGGCGGGUCAAUGGCAUCUUGGACACCACAAGAGGUCUAGGUAACUAUGGAGACCCACAACUUAAGAAGGCAGUCAUCCCUGAUCCAUACACAACCAGUAUCAAGAUUGAUCAGCAUGCUGAGUUUAUUGUCAUGGCAUCCUGUGGCUUGUGGGAUGUACUGACCGAUGAGGAGGUUAUCUCAUUGGUCAAGCAGACCCUUGCCAUUCGCCAGUCACGAACAGAGGCAGAGAAUGUUCCGGACGGAUUUGGUGGCUAUGGGUUGUCAGACGAUACAACAUAUGGAGAGGAUUUCCUUGGUGAGUCAUAUGCGACAGGGUUGGGCACCAGUUACGACCAAGCAGGAUUCGACAAUACAGUAUCAUCAGUCAUUGACAUAGAUGCUGCUGAGGGAGAUGAGGCCAAUGUCCAGAAGAAGCAGUUUAGAAAUCCACUUCAGUCAUUGAAGGAGGAUGCCGAUGAUGAAGAUGAUGGUGAUGAUGAUGCCAACAGCAAGUCACAGAUAAACUGGAAUGAACCUCUUACUGAUAAGGACACUGAUGAUCAUCAGAAAGCAACAUCCAAUGAAGGGAACAAUCUGAAGAAAGGUAUCAGGGUGAAAGGUGUUGUUGCGGAUGCUAAGGCAGAGAGCGAGAAGGAGACGGUCUCUGACAUGAAAAACUACAAGGAAGAAUUCAACGACAAUGCAAGCAUGAAGACAGACUUUGAAAGCCUGAUUUCUGCACUCUGUGAGGAUGGGAAUGAAGCAGAUGUUGAAACUCUGACAGAGCUCCACACCUUCUAUGCAAAGUCUCGGCUUUCCGAUGGACGUAGUAUUGUAGAUAAGAAGGAAGAGUAUAGAUUAACUGCGGAAAUGAUCAGUGAAAGACUAGUUCAGAGUGCCUUAUUGGCUGGCUCAAGGGAUAAUAUCACUAUUAUGGUCAUUCUUCUUCAUGGUUGCCAAUUGUGAAUAGCUCAAUUCAAAACUUCAAAGUAUGAAGUAUAUCAUACAUUUUAAUUUUUGCUUUUUAAAGAAUCCUUACAUGAGACAACUUUGUAAAUGCAGAAAUUAAUUAGUUUAUUAGCCUGUUUCACAGACAAAAAUGACUUUAAAUGUAUAAAAUGCCUGAAAAUCAAACACAAAUUCUUAUGUUCAGCUUUGGAUUGACUGAUUUUCAAGUUUCAAAUAUCGCUCCCUGAGUUGCUUUUUAAAUGCUAGUUUUGUGUCACAUGCCACAUAUACAUUUCGAAACUGUUUGGCUUAAAUAGUUUAUUUUAUAGAGAAUUUUGUUCAAUCUUGCAGUCUUGCACUCUAACAUUUCAUAAUCGUACUAGUAUAUUAUGAGGAAAAACAGGAAAUGGAAUGAGAGAAUAGUGACCAAAGCAAUGCAGUGAAUCUCAAUGACUAUGACAUAUCAAGGAAUAAGGGCUACCUUGCCAAGGGAGCAUGUAAAUUUGGAGAAUGCUUUGAGCUAAAAAGAAAACUUCAGCUGAAAAAGGGGCAAUGAUCAUUAUGCACCUCUGAAAAUAUUUUUUAGAUUACAGCAUCAGCUAAAAGCUUACUAUCAAUAUCAAAAUGCCCUGGUGGUAAUUCGUCAAACUUUCAACCGCUUUAAUGAUGUAAUAAUCAAAUUUGCAGCUAAUUUGAAUGACCUUUAAGAUCAACAUUUAAAUGGCCAAAUACUUCAUUCAAUUUAAUUUCAUUGGCAUACGGUUUCAUGGUUAUCUCAUUCAAACGUAUAAAAAAGAUCAAAUUAAAAUAGCUGAAGUGUUUUGAAAUUCAAUUCACAACGGUACCCUCCUUGCGAACAUUUAGGAAUUCAAAAUCAUAAAUAUGCAAUCACUUUGGACAGUGUUUUUUGUUGAUGUGUUUUUUCAUCUUAUUUUGAAUAAUUAUGGAAUUGGGUUUUACUUUGAAAUUGGAUGUUUACCAUUUUACUGAAAUUUAUUAUCCUUCUUACAAACCAUUAUCGGAACAAGUACUCGUUUUUGUUCCACUUUCAUAACUAUAGAUUGUGGUCAAUACCAUGUCUCUUAUCCCUUCCUCAAAACGAUAUAAAUUACAAUUAUGUAAAAAAAAAGAGAGACAAGAAGAAGAUGAAGAGAAAAUUUCUGCCAUAGGCAUAGGCGAUACACCCACUCACCAAUCACUAAACGAAUAACCAUUUACAAUCAUAUCCUAUAAGUGUUACAUGAAUUACGUCUUUAUCAAACAUAAUGGAAUAAAAUGAAUCUAAAAGGAUCAGAUAAAUAGAAAGAUGGGAUAAAGUUUGAACAAAUAUUGUAUAACAUGAUAAAAAAAAGGAACACAGAACAGUCAUGUUAUCUGAAUUUGGACGUUUAAAGUGCAAAUAUGUGUGCCGAUAAAUGAAAUUGAAAAUGGUAUUUAAGGCGAAGUUAAACGAUCAGUCCGUCAUAGCAAAAUUAAAUGACAACUUUGGGCCAUUAAUAUGAACAAAUUUCUCUCUAAAUGGAAUUUCUACAAAAUUCAAUGGAAUGGUACUGUAUAGAACAGAAUUGAAUGCUAAAUAAAUGAAAAUGAACCAUAUUUGCAGAGGGUGGACAAAUAUAUUUCGAAUUUGAAUGUCCUUUCAUUAAUUAAAAUGCAACUCUGAUGAAAUUGCACGGGAAAAACCUAUAAUAAUUUGCCUAACCAUGCAAACACAUAAAAAGUGUUUGGAUAUGGUCUUUGCACACCAGACACUAAAGUCUCCAAAUGACUUUUAAAUAACUUUGCUUCUGAAAAGCACGUUCUCAUUCUAGUUCUGGCAGAACUUGAUCAGUAUGAGUAGGAACACCCGCUAAUUUGUAUAUCAGUAUUUGUUUUGUUUGUUUAUGCUUAAAUAAUUUCUGCAGCAAAGUACCAAUUUAUGAUACUGGGGAGUAUCUUCCUUUUUUGCAUUCAGUUCAGAGAAAUACAAUUGUUCUGCUGUGGACAGAUGCAGACAUUGCUAUUGUACAUGUAUUCAUAGUAUUCCGUCCAUUUUCGUCCCAUUUUCAUGCCAGGGUGGGACUUACAUGUGUGUGUUUAAUGUGCAAACUUUUAUUCUUUUCUUAACAUUUGUGAAUUUAAAAGACUUAGUUAGAUAAUAUAUAAUAUAUAUCAGUAUAUUGGUGAGAAUUGAAAUUGAUUUACAUAUAUUUUAAGCAACAAAUUUACAAGUGGAAAUGAAAUAUUUUGGCUUAUUAAAAUUUCAUCCUGUGUAUUGUUUUCUAUUCUGUCAACUGGAUUGUUAUUUGUAUUAUCAGUUUGGGCAUAAAACUUUCUACAAAGGAUAUAUCCACAAUUGUAUAGUCUCGUUAAAUUUAGUAUUUGUUUUGAGCAAUGAUCCCGAUUUCAGUUUUGAAUAGAAUAACAGAAAAAUAAGCACAAUUUGAACAUAUUAAUGGUUGACUAACAGAAUGAGGUCAAUACAAAACAGUCAUUUUAUGUUAUUUUUUCUACCAAGCAAAUAUUUUCAUUACAAAAUGAAGUUUGUCAAUGAAGACCCCCCCAAAAAAAAUUGCUCGUAGAAAUAUUCUCUAACAACACUCCCCUCAGUAGCACUGCCCCCUCUAUGUUUAGUGAAGAGUCAUUUUAAAGUAUGAAGAUCAUCAUUGUGUAGUAAGUAUUAGAGUCAAGUGACCAAGUCAUCUUAGUACGACUCAUGGAGUUUGGGGUUCAAAUCCUAUCAUCUCAUUAACUUAGAUAUGCCACAUUUAGUCAAGGCAUUGCAAAUAGGUGCCUAGGAGAAAUUUGUUCCGUGAAAUUCUAAAAGGCUGUAUUGGAAGGAAUGGUAGCAAUGAUUUAAUCUGAGAUGGGUCUUGCUCUGAAGGUAUUCAAUUCAUUUUAACUGUCUGUAAAUAGUUGGUGUUUGCAGCAACGUUGAACGGUGCAAAGUUCCACUGAUUUGCUCUUCCAAAACAUUCAUUUCCUCCAAAAAAUUUAUGUUCAGGGUAAGUGAACUUUGCACUGUUUCAAGUCGGACAAACCAUUAUGUUUACAGAACGAGGCCAAUUUUUUUUGUAUAUUGGUGUCUACACGUUAUUACUCAGGUGUGCAAAUAAUGCAAGAGUAAUGUCAGCAUACAUGUACAUUUCAUAGUUCACCAAGUUUGAUGGAUUUCCAUAGUUAUGAUUGAUUGGAUCAAUUGUAACUCUUUGUAAGAUGGGGCCCUGGCCUUUUCAAUUUCAAGUAUGAUAUGUCUGUAUAAAGUGACUGAGUGCUUGUGCAUAUACAUUUCUAUGAUGCUAUUUUGGCAUUUAAUUUCUAGUAUUUUAUGUUGUAAAUUUUGUUAUGAGGUCCUAUUUCCGUCCUUUUCCAAUUUAAAAAAAAAAAUUUAUGCAAUAUUAGAUUCUUUAAAUGAUUUGUGUGCAGAUCUUUCUAGAUUAAAUCUUGACAUUUACCAUAGCCGAUAUAUUAAUUUACAUGCAUUUGUAUUAGUGUUUCGCACGAAAAGAAAAAAAGGGAAAUCGUGAUUCUCACGAUAAUUUUUUCAGCAUGGGCAACUGAUUUAUGAUAUCUUAUUCACCUUAUCAUGGCUUUCAUUUUUUCUUCUUUAUGUUGGCCAUAUGAUCUCCCAAAAUACCCUGGCCUAGAUAGGGUUAAAAACUAUUGAAGAUAAGGCAGUACAUUGUUAUAACAAAAAUAUGAAAUUGAGUCAACUCUGUGGGCCGUAUAGUAUUCUGAAAUCAGGUUUGAUUUAAAUGCUGGUCUAAAGUUGUGGUUUAACUUUGGAUAGCCAAUUGUGGCACACAUAUCUAACAGUGCAGGUUCAAUUUAUCUGCUCAUUUGACACUUUACUAAUUCAUAAUUAUCUGGAAAUAUCUCAUACCGAUUUUCUUCAUCAUUAAAGCAUAACACGAGCAUAGCAAAUAUUAGAAAUAUACAAUGUAUCCAAAUUUCUUACAUUUUCCACUUCCCAUAAUUUUAGCAGAUUAAGAAAAUGGUAAGUUAAACUAGACUUUAGAUUAUGAGUCUGUAGGUGGACAUACAGAACAAAAAAAAUUGAAAUCAUUCCAUAGCAAAAUUGUUUUAUUUUAUUUUUGCACUGUGAAUAGAGUACACAUAUGCCAUUGUACAUGUACAUGGUAAAUAGUUUUCACAUAUUACGUAUUCAUCCAUUUUCUUUAAUUACAUCUUCAUCUUUUGGGAUAAAACAGGCAUGAUCAUCAACUUUACACAAUAACAAAAUAAUAAUGAAAAUUACAAACCAGAAUAACAACCUCUGUCUAUACUUUAUAUAUCAUAUAAACUGAAAGCAUACCCAGUUAUUCCAGAUGUAGUGAUAAGCUACACAGCUUUAGGAACAAUACAAAAGGACUAAAUAAUAAAUUGAAUAAGUCUCAAAGUUGGAAAUGUUUACCUUUGAAGCGAUAAGAGUCUAAAAAUUGCCCUUGCUUUUUAUGAAGUCAUAAUAUAUUGUUUAUAAGCAUUCCUUUAAUUUUUGCUUAGAAGAAAAAAAAAACCGAAAUAUUUAAUCCACAUUACAGAAAGGAAAUUUACUGCAUCAUUUUGGCUAACAUGACCCCAGGACACUAACUGGCUAGAGAGAGAGGUGAUAAGUUGAUAUCGCAUCCUGCAAAACACCAAAGUGUAGCCAUGUCUCCUAACACAGUACAUACACUGACUAAUGGGCACACUCAAGAGACAGUGUACUUGUGUCUCAUGACUUUAUAGUUUGCUAAGAGAGUCCCAAAGUUUCCCUGCAACUACGGUAUCCGCCAAGCAGCCGCUCAGCCUAUUCUACUCAACAGUUUUGACAUGCUGAAAAUGUAUACUGCAUCGCACGAUAGCAGUGCUCUUACAAAUAAAGUAUAUUCAUAAAAUAAGUUUAUACGACGGAAUUAUUGGGAUGAUUCAAACCCCCA